CUUAAGUCGCAUCAGCCGCGACAAAACACGGUUAAAUCUGUAUUUAUAUUCACUAUUAUUCAUGUUUUUCAAGUUAAGUUUAUACAUAUUCACUGACUCGCAGUAGCGGAGUCGGACACACGUCAUCAAACUCCUUUAAUGUGGAGUUGUGGGUCUCAGACGAACUCCGGGUUAGUUCCGUGAAGUAACUCCUCCGGAAGGCGGCUAGGUGGCUAGGUGCUAAGCUAAUGGUGAUCCCCCCCGGAGGAGCGUCUCUGUGCGGCUGCGGGUCCGAUGGCUGUGCGGUGGCUGUGCAGCUUGUUUGGGAAGCCCUUUGAUGGAGGGAAGAGGAUGGACCACGGCGGCCCUCCGCAGCAUCAGCACCCGAUGGAGCAGCAGCAGCAGUCGUACAACGCUCAGCACCCGGCCAUGAUGCGUCUGUACGAGGUCCAGAAGCAGGUGGCGUCCCUGGGGCCGCAGGUCUGCACCUUCAGCGGCCUGCAGCACGACCGGGACUACAAGCGCCUGGAGCGCGAGCUGACCCGGCUGCUGCUGGACGUGGACCAGGUCGACACCGAGGGCAAGCCCGAGCUGCAGGGCGCCAGGAAGAGAGCGGCGCAGGAGGCGGAGGGGCUGCUGAGGUACCUGGAGGAGAACGCCAAGCACCCGUCCCGCGUGGCCAUCGAGGAGCUGAGCAACGAGGCGCGGCAGCUGGUGGACGACCGCGUGGUGGCGCCUCAGCGCGUCGGGGGCGUGGCCGAGAUCAACGACGAGCUGGUGGACGCCCUGCAGCAGCUGGUGCUGAGGCUCACCCAGGUGAAGACCGAGGGCCGGGUGCCGCUCCGCAAAGCUCGUUACCGGGCGCUGACGCGUCUGUGCGCCGUGCAGGACGUGGUGGAGGGGCGCACGCAGCAGCAGACGCUGUCGCUGCCGCUGUCGGGCGAGACGCACGAGGCCGUGAGCCGCAUCAACCAGGUGAUGGUGAAGGUGAGCGUGGCCCGCAGCCAGCUGGUGGCGCUGCUGAUGGGCCUGAGUGGGAGGGACAGCUGCGCCCACCUGUCACGCAUCCUGACGGAGAUGCAGGUGGAGCUGGACGCGCUGGAUGUUUCCGGGAACGCAGCGAUCAGGAACUACCGGAAGCAGGUGGUGGAGGAGAUCAACGGUCUGCUGAAACAUCUGGACCUGGAGGGAGAGGGGGACGACACGCGCAGAUACGAGUUGGGUCACAACAACUCCAUCCGUGAGAUCGAGAACAUCCGAGCUCACGUGUCCCACCUGCGAGAGGGGAUCCUGCGACACUGUGCCAUGGGCGACCUCAGCUUCAGACCCAAGGCCGAGCUGCAGAGCCUCCUCACGCACCUGGACCAGGUGGACACGGCCAAGAACCCGUGCAUCCGAGAGGCCCGGCGCCGCGCCGUGGUCGAGGUCCAAGCCAUCGUGACCUUCCUCGACCUCCGCGAGGCCCUGGUGUGCCGCCAGCCCGGCCACACCGAGCACCCGUCCCACCGGGCCGUGUGGCAGGUCCUGGGGAACCUCUCGGACCUCCAGGCCCAGGUGCUGGGCUUCGACGGCAAGAGGAUCGACAAGAGCUACAUGAUCCUGGAGGAGAACCUGACCAAGCAGCUGCUGUCCCUGGACGCCGUGGACCCGCAGGGCGACGAGACGGCCAAGGUGGCGCGGAAGCAGGCGGUGAAGUUCGCCCAGAACAUUCUCAACUACCUGGACAUGAAGACGGACGAGUGGGAGUAUUAACCGAGUCAGGAACACGGAUCCCAGGAGACGCAGGAAUGAGAGGAGCUGGUGAUGUGUGUAAAUACAGAAAACUGACCUUAUCAUUCCAGAGGCUGUAAAUAUAUAUCGACUCCAAUCCCCAGAAUGCACGGCAGCAGCGCUUUUCCUCCGUCUCUCUGUGGAAGUCGUGGCUGAUCCUGCUGAGAAGGAAACAUCACAGAACUCCUCGUGAAACACAAACAUUCUUUUGUGCUAUCGGACAUUUUUCUCUUCAAAAUCUCGUGUGUGUGUGUGUGUGAGAGUCUUCGUCAUUGUCGUCGUGUAUUUGACGUGUGUGUUUGUUGAACCUGCUGCCAACGCACACUACAUAACGCCUGUUCCACCGCCUGCACCCCCCGCCCCCCCCAGACUGGACCUGAUCUGGAUUCAUGUGAAUGUCAGUUGCUAAUGGAAACAGCCGCGGCUUGUUUUGAACUCUGUGACCCGAUCCGAGGGAAACCGGGCUCGGUCCAGUGCAGAAUACCUGUUGCUGAAAUGACAAAUUUUUUAAUUUUCUGGUUUAUUUUGCCGCAGUUUGUGUUGAAUUCAAAUCUGGAAAUGAAUUUUAAGUAUUUGAAGAGAGACGUUUGGACAAAAGUGUCAUUUCAGAAGUCACAUUUUAAAAGUCCAGGCGGUUUUAAACAGAGACGAGAGCGAGAGAGAGAGAGAGAACAGUGGGAUUAUUGAUGUAAGGUCAUCCUCCGCUCCUGUGUGACCUAUUUACCCCCCCCGCUGGUUUGGCUCUCACACACACAACUGUGACCGACCGCGGCUGAUGUGGAGAAACGCUCAACUCGCAAAUAAACAGGGAGCAGAAGCAGCGAUAAAGUUCCAGGAAACUAGAAUCCAAUGUUUUAAUCUGGUGCAGCCGCCGCCCGUCGGCUCCGAACAGGAAGUCUGAGAAGAUAAAAAUACAGAUCCACCCGCUGCUGCUUGUGUUGCCGUUAGUCUGUUGUGUGUCUCCAAUGUUUGUUGUGACUUUUGUGCGAUGGCGUUGUUCUAUAAAUGGAUCAGAGAGACGGGAGAGGAGGUGAAGAUGUGCUGCUGCUGCUGCUGCUUUCGGUUCUUUUUUUUUGUUUCUACCCACUGCUGUCGAGCGCCUGAGGAAGAGGAGCGGUCCCUGUGGAGAGGAAGAGGAGGAGGAGCGGUCCCUGUGGAGAGGAAGAGGAAGAGGAAGAGGCUGUGAGGAAGAGGAGGAGGAGGCUGUGAUGUCCACUGGAUUGACACAACAAGGCUGAAGCUCGCUGGGUCCUGUGCGGGAGAGACGACCGACGCUGAUCGCAGUCGACCGAGUCUUCUAGAAACUGGAAGGAGCUCCUGCUGCUGC